AUGGAAGACAUUAAAGAACAUGGCAUUGAAGACGAAGAGUUGAUAGUGAACCGUAUCGAUCCUAUUAUCAUUUCUCUUCUACAUGAGUCUGGCGAUGACAAGAUAUUCAUUUGGAAUCGUACUGCAUUGCAGAACUACGAGACACGCCCUAAUGCUGGCUGUGUCGCUCUAAAGGAGAAAGACUUGAUACGACUGUCAUUGUUUGGCAUGAACGCGCUUGAAAAACAUAAUUCAAAGUGCAUUUUGUUGACCAAUCACUAUGUCAAUUUUAUCAAUGACGUUCUAGCCGAGAUAGACAAAUUUCCUGAAAUGAAGGGACAGUAUCUGAUCAUGGAUAAUGCGCCCAUAUAUACAGAACUCAACUCAAUAGAACAAUUUUGGUCUGUUAUUAAGAGUAGUGUGAAAAGAGAGUUUGUACUUAAAAAGACACUAUUCCUUAAAUAA